AUGGAUGCCGUGAGGAUAGAGGCCAAGGAUCAAUACAAAAAGGCGAAGCCAUGGAAGCAGGAAGAGGAGCUGAAGUCCUCCUUUUCGGAGCAGACGGAAGCGAAUCCUUUUGGGAGUGUAGAGACUUCGCCGAAUAAGGAUGAAAAGACAAAGCGACCUGCAUCUCUCACAGCCGAGAUGCUGGAUGCUGGAGCUGAGACGCUUCGCAGUCCAACCCGAGCAUACGUCCUAGCAAAGCAUACCGCGCUCAACUUCAUCUCUCAGCGCAAGAAAUGGCCACAGGUCGUGCACGAGCGGGUGAAAAGGUGGCUUGAAGCACGUACCGGUAGGUCUCUGCAGCAUUCACGAGAUAUCCAGAAACAUGUUGCUUGGAAUGCUGACAUGGCUGCGAUGGUCCUUUACUUUCUUCAAGAGGACGCUAUCAGAACGGUCCGGAUAGGUAUUCAUCACAAGUACGUGCUCGACAAACAAGAAUUUCUGCAGCAGAACCUCGUGCAGUUCAAUACCGAUGAUCAAGCUGCUGAGGCAGUGGCGGCUCAGAAUGUGGCGUGCGUACUCAUGGUGAAUGAACAUUCUGGACAACUGCCACCAUGCCUACAGCAAGCAAGUAUACCGGUGUAUACUCUUCGUGACCUACUCGGCAGACACAUCACUACAUUGGACGAGAUUACGACCGAUGAUGAUUCAGCGAAGCAAUUGGGAGGUCUGGAAUGGUUGGUUGUUUGGAGGGAUCCAAGGGCAGUGAAGUUGCAGCUGGCCUUGAUGAAGCUGGAAGGCUACGCAGAUCCGUGA